AACGUGCAGGCAUCUGCCAGUUCCAGGUUGGAUGUUUUUCAGUUGCAAUUAUAGCUUUGACGAAGAUAUCGGGCGACUGUUUUCGUUCGUUUUCGUAGCGCGAAGGUCGUGCGUAGUGUGUACCAAAUUUUGAAUCGAGUAAAAAGACAUUUUAAAAGCACCGAAAUUAUCGUGCAUCUGCCGUAUGCCCCGUAGCGUGCUUGCAAGUGUUGCCUGUGUGUACAAAAUAUGAGUAGACGGCGUUGCGGAAUACGCAACACACGACGACGAAUGGUCCAAUUGUACCAGUAGGCGAAGAUCCAUCAUGCCUACGUGCUCUGUUUUGAUUCGCUGUGCGCUGUGCGUCGGAACGGUGCUACUGGCCACCGUCGUGACGGUGGUAGUGGGUAGCAAAGGCCAACAACCAUCCCCGAAACUGCCGGAAGAUGCGUCAGCCCCCGUCGAGCAGCUACCAUUCUGUGCCGAAGAUGUGCCCCAGCUGCGUGACCUUAACGAUGGAUUGGUUUUCGUUACAACGUUGGACGGGAAAUUGUCUGCCCUGGACAUGCUGAAUGGUGGUGUAACACGUUGGAGUGUCCAGACUGGUCCGGGACCGCUGCUUUCCUCGAGUAUUCACCGCCUAGAACUGACGAACAAUGGCAAAUGGGUUCGCAUGAUACCGUCCCUCGGUGGAAGCUUGUACAAGUUUGAUGGAGACUUUAUCGAACCGAUUCCGUUUAGUGCGGAAGAUUUGCUCAAAUCUUCAUUCAAAUUUUCCGACGACCUCGUCAUAUCUGGCGGCAAGGAAACGCGAUCAUACGGCGUGUCUAUGCAAACCGGCCAGCUGAUUUAUGUUUGUACCAUGCAAGGAUGCAAGAAUGCAACGGAACUAGCGAUGGAAUCGACUGGAGAUGGCAAAUACGGACCACCUGAAGAUGAUCGUUCGUCUGGUGUAGCAGGUACACUUGAUCCCAUGCAGGAAGAUGUUCUAGUCAUUCGGCGACAGACACAAACGGUCCGUGCGGUCGAAUCACGCACCGGUAGCGAACGUUGGAAUUUUAGCAUCGGCCACCAUGAGCUGGAAAAGAUGAGCAACGAAGACUGUCGUGGAGGCAAGGAACGACGCGAAGUGAAUCCAGUAAUACUUGAUCUCGAACUUCGGGUGAUCAUUCCGGAGGGAGUGAUCUGUGCCGUACGUAAAAGCGCCCCGGGUGAAAUUGUUUGGCGACAUAAGUUUGAUGUGCCGAUUGUAAGCGCCUGGCGAACGUCGGAUAAAAAUGACGAUCAAUUGGUCGAUGUGGAUCUGUUCGAUCGCACGGACUGGUUGUGGAAUGGCAAUGUAGAUGAUAGUGAAGCCGAUCAACCUCCGCUGGUAAAUCCAUCCUUGUACAUCGGGAUGCAUGAGAAGCAACUCUACAUACAGGAGUCCCCAACUAUGUUGAACGAGAGGGAAGAAAAAAUGCAUGACAUUGCAUUGCUCACCGACGAAAGCAAAUUGCCGACCAUACCGUGGAAGCCAUUGCCCGCUAGUCCUGCUGUUGCGGGUCUGCUCACGGAUGGGGACAAUUCAUUUCAAGUUGUAAAGGACGAAGACGACACUGGCGAAUCAACAGCCAUUGCACGUUCUGUUCUGUACGCAUCGAACUAUAUCAACGGAAAUGGAUUCUUUUUAGUGUACGAAUCCGAACGUGGCGAACAAUGCGGUCAGACUGAGGAGGUGUCGAACAGCACCGAUGGUACAAACUACAGGCAGGAUGAACAUAAGGGAAUGCAUGAGGGAGAGGACUUGGACACAAUGUUCGAUGCGCCUGUUAAGGUAAUCAUCGUGUCGAUGUGGUUCUGGUGGAAGGAAAUACUUAUCAUUUCCAUCACGACCGCACUAAUAUUGAAUAUGAUGCUAAAGUUAAGGCUCGAAAAGCCACCGGUCAUGGUAGUGGUCGAACGUAAGGUAACAGUACCGAUCCCAACAGCAGUGGAAGCUGUUGAAGAAUUCCCGCCAGCGAUACGCAUGGGUGCGGUGCGCAGUUACUCCGAAUCGAGUUCAUCGAAUGGCCCACCAGCAAUAGUGGAAAACUACACCUCCCGCUUUCGGGAUGAUUUCGAUCUGGUGCAGUGCCUGGGAAAGGGUGGCUUCGGUGUCGUGUUUGAAGUUCGCAACAAAUUAGACGAUUGUCGAUACGCAAUCAAGCGUGUCGUCCUACCGAACAAACAGGAGUCAAAGGAUCGCGUUAUGCGUGAAGUGAAAACGUUGGCACACUGCGAACAUCAAAACAUUGUUCGAUACUUUCAUGCCUGGAUUGAAACACCUCCGCCCGGUUGGCAGGAACGGCACGAUCGUGAGUGGAUCGAAAGAAAUUGCCUUUCAACAUCGAUCGAUAUUGAAACCCCAACCGAUACAUGUCCACCGCUGCCGGGUGGAAUGUCGGCAGCAACGGCAUCUUCGUUUGAGGUUGGGAUGAAAAAUUCUCGCCUUCAAACCUCAUCGGUGCAAUCGAAACUGUGGAUGCCACACUUUCCAGAGCAAAACUUUUCCUUCUCGAAAGGAAUGGGUGAUGGACCUGCUUUGAAACAGAGGUAUGAACAGAGUGAUAGUUGUUCUUUUAUUGAGUUUCGUGCCGAGGGUGACCAGGAUGGUCAACUGGCACAGCAUGACGAGGACGAUACAUCCAGCUCCGAGUCCGACUCAGAUGAAGCGUCGGGAGUGCAAAGCAAUGGAAAGCAAAAGUGGAACGACGAAGCGGAUGAAGACGAUUCAUUGGAUAUUGUUUUUAAAGAACCGUCCCGCAGUGAAGGCAUUACUUCUAAUGGUAUAGUUACCCAGCACGCUGUAUCGAUUGAUGUUUCGUUCUCACCGGAAGCGCCAUCACAACCAGUGAUGCAUCACGGUUCCAUGAAUGGCAGUAUCGAACAGCAGCAAACACAAAAUCCAUUCCGCAAAACACACCGCAGACCACUGUCUCUUGAUCUCACCAGCACGGGGAAUGUGCGUCGUAUUCCCGUAGACCCUAAUGCAAGAAGCACGGUGGAUCAUAGUACGCUUCCAUCGUCCUCUGAUCAAUCGCGAGCUAAUUCUACCCAGAGCAAUAAAAUUUAUCUCUACAUUCAGAUGCAGCUGUGCCACAAACAAUCGCUAAAGGAGUGGCUCUGUAUGAACGGGUUCCCAGCACGGCGGGAUAAAAUUGUGCCAAUCUUCGAGCAGAUUGUUGCCGGUGUCGAGUAUGUGCAUCUGAAGGGAUUGAUCCAUCGUGAUCUGAAACCGAGCAACAUAUUCUUUUCGCUGGAUGGAAGGAUAAAGAUAGGUGAUUUUGGACUCGUGACAGAUUCGAGUGAUCUGCAGUAUGAUAGCGAGAACAAUAUGCCCACGAUGGGGCCCGACAGGCAUACGCGACAGGUUGGCACACAGCUGUAUAUGUCACCGGAGCAGCUGAAGGGUUUACCGUACGACUACAAAGUGGACAUUUAUUCGCUCGGGUUGAUCCUGUUCGAACUGCUGGUUAGCUUCGGAACGGAAAUGGAACGAAUCUGCACGCUAAAGAGCGUGCGUAAAAGUAAAUUCCCGGACAAUUUUGAGGAAGAACACCAGCGUGAGUUCAAACUGUUAACGUUGAUGUUGUCUGAAACACCGAAUAAACGGCCAACGACAUUUGGCAUUAAGGCUCAUCCACCGUUCAAGCGAAUCCCUUCAAACAAAUCCACCACUGCACUGGGUGUUGUGGAUGAAACACUGGUCAUUGAUAGCAAUCCCGGCUCGACGAAUGGUUCGUUCGAAUCGGACGAUGGUGAAGAGUGGCACUUUGAGCUGCCACCGCGUAGAAGAGACAGCCGUACUUACAGUACAUCCGGAUCCGGAUCAGGCAACGGUUCCGUGGGUGUGCCGGGACCCCCCAAUCAAUUGUGCUAUUGAAUAACUUGUAUUACCUUGCUUCAUAAUAGGAGGGCGGCUUAUUGUGAUGCCGGCAGCAAGGCGAUUAACUGAGUUGCCAAGUGAAAGUGUUUAAUUGUAAGUUAUUUAUGUCGUCCUACAUGGUUGUUACAAAUCUUAACGAAUCCCCGUGAGUUGUUACGUUUUGGAAAGUGAAACGUAAACAUUGUUUUAAAGAUAUACGUGCAUUCUGCAUAGUAGAUGGGUGGUGAUAUUGAAAGAGAAUUAUGAACAUAUUGAAUAAACCGAUGAAACUGUA